AUGGCGGAGGGCAUCGGGACGCUGUCUCGCGAAGUCCUGGAGGAGAGGUUGAUGGAGGCUCGUCGGACCUACCGACUUAAUAUGGGAUAUGCUGGGCUCAAGCAACUGCCUCCUGGGUUUGUGGAUCUGGUGAAGAAAUACAAUCCACACAUCACUGAGCUGGAGCUUUCCAGCCAUAACCCCUGCCCCAAAAUCAAUACACGCAGCAAUGACAUCACCGACCUACCGGACGAGCUGGAGGAGUUCCGCUAUCUGCGCAUCCUCCGCCUCAAAUACAACCAGCUCAAGCGCAUUCCGGCCGUCGUCUACAGAUUACAGCAGCUCAUGGUGUUCGACGUCAGCGGUAACAAGAUCUCCAAAGUGGAUGAAGCGAUCGGACAUCUGACGUUGCUAAAGGAGCUGGAUGUUUCCGGAAAUGAGAUCACGACUCUGCCGGACUCCUUGGCUACCCUGCCCAAGCUGGAGGUCAUCCAAGUGGAGAACAACCGCUUGGAGCUGCUUCCCGACAACCUAGGUGAGCUGGCGGCCGUUAUCAAGAUGGACCUGUCCACCAACAACCUGCGCUACCUGCCCAACAGUUUGGGGCAGCUCAAGAAGGUUCAGCGAAUAGACGUGGGGAACAACUUGCUAACAAAGGUUCCCCCCAGCAUGGGGCACCUGAAGACGCUCAAGGAGUUCAACCUGCGGUACAACAACCUGGACGACCGAUACAAGGCCAAAGUGGAGGAGGGCCUGUCUAAGUUCCUAGCUUUCCUUCGUGAGGAGGAGGAACGCGAGCGACUGGAGGAGAUCGAGCGGCUGAAGCCCAUUGGGACCCCCGUGGGCUCCUACCUGGAGUACCGCUGCAAGGCGGAGGUGGGUCAGCUGGUCAAGACUGAGAUGGGCGACACCACCGUGGACAACAGGUGCUGGAUACGCACCGGACACACACUGACACAGGCGCGUAUGUAUGUGGGCAGCAUGUUGCUCAUCUUCGGCGGUCAGCUCCAGAAGGACGGCUCCACAACCAACGACCUGUUCUGGAUGACUAUGGACCGAAUGGAGUGGCACAACCAGCCGUGCAAGGGGGAGAAGCCCACGGCGAGGUACAACCAUGCCGCCUGUUACGAUGAGGAGAACAAUCGGUUGGUCAUCUUUGGCGGUCGUACCGCGGAGCGGAAGCGGCUCAACGACGUCGCCUUCCUGGACCUGGACUCCUGGACCUGGUACAAGCCGUCCACGGAGGGUGCGGCGCCGUCGCCGCGGGAGCAGGCGGUAGCCACCUUCUGGGCCGGGAAUAUGGUGCUGUUCGGCGGUCAUGCCAUCGGCGGCCGCACCAACGACCUGUUUCUUCUGGACCUUGGCGCCUGGCAGUGGUCCCAGCCCGCCUUCUCCGGCACCGCGCCCUCACCCCGUCAGGCCUGUGCGCUGUGUAUCGGCCACGGCAACCUGCUGUUUGUGCAUGGAGGCCGGAACAACUUUGUGCUCGAGGACUUGCACGUCAUGGACUUUGUGACCAAGACCUGGACGGAGAUCCCUUGCGAGGGGCGCUGCCCCCCUCCCCGCCAUAGCCACCACAUCCACGUCCACAAAGACAACCUCUACCUCUUCGGCGGCUUGGACGAGCUGGGGGCCCAGUCCAACGCCAUGUUUCGAGUGCACCUGCCGGGAGACCAGCAGGAGACGUACGCAACCGCAAAACCAAAGUGGGUCGAGUGGGAUAGUGAGCUGCCGUACAAUAAGAACCGUACGGCAACGCUGAGUAACGGCACCAUCUCUAUUUACCAGCUUGGCAGCAACACGCUGGGCCGUGUGAAUGACGACGACGCGGAGAAGGGCCUGGUGUUCUGGGACGUGUUCAAGACGGCCAAGUUGGAGGGCCUGAAGCCCAGGCAGCUGGCUGAGGACGAGCUGCGGCCCAAGAACGCCAAGCGCAUGCGGGUCCAGCACACCAUCAACACCGCCGGCAAGAUGCCACGGAGCUUCACACAGCACACGGCUCACGAGGUCCGGGUGCUGCAGUACGUGCAGGACUUCCAGCGCAUUUUUGAGGAACUGUAUCCGUACCGCCGGCCCUUGUACCUCACCCCCCGCAACGAGUGCGGCGUCCCCAAGUUUGUUUGUACGACAAUACGGGCCAGUCAGCUGGUUUACACGGAGCUGUACGACCUGGACGGCGCGGCGCAGUUCGUUGCAGAUUUUUUGUCGUACGAGCCGCUGGAGGACCCACUGCACCCGCCCGACACGCUCCCCUCACCUAUGUCCGUCCUUGACUGGCGAGCCGGUGACUCAUUCGACUUGGCUGUCGUACUCGCGUCGCUGCUUAUCGGUGUGGGUUUCAACGCCUACGUCGUCAUGGGCUACGCACCGUACGCUGUCGUACAGAACGAUCAGCGAAACACGGUCUGUACGGUGCUGGAACGGGAGGCUCAGGGCGCGGCGGCGGCGGCGGCGGCAGCCGCCGGGGCGGCGGCCAAGGGUUACGAUGCGGCGGCUGGCGGCCGCUCCGGUGGCCACGGCGGCGGCGGCACGCACCGGCGCGCCGGCGAGGGCUCCACCACCAACCCCGCCCUGCCUGUGGGCGCUCUGGCCGGGGCCGCUGUGGAAGUCCGAGCACCUCGCUACGUCGUCAAGCCACUGGCCUCCCUCAAGAGCAAAGUCCUCAAGGGUGGCAGGAUCGAGACGCCCGACUCCCCCGCCGCCGCCACCGCCGCCGCUGACCGCGCACGUCUCUCGACACCCGGUGACGGCGGCGGCAACCCCGACGACGAGGCCGUCGGCGACCCGACGGCCGCGGCAGCCGCCGACCCGCCCGCUACUGCCGACGGCGGCGGCGGCGACCCACUCGCCGAGGACCACGACGCAGGUGUCUGCAAGUACGUCCACGCGUGGGUGAUGGUGCUGCCCGGCAAGCGCGACGUGUCGGAGGCGAUGUUCAUCGAGCCGUCAACAGGUCGCAAGUACCCGCUGCAGGACAGUCCGUACAAGGGCAUCGAGAUGCUCUGGAAUCAUCGCAACUUUUGGGUGUGUUUGCAACAGCCGCAGCCGCACAGCGACUCCCGUGCCGACCCCAAGGACAUCUCCUACGACCUGAACGACCCGUCCAAGUGGGAGCCCGUGUUUGAGGAGCGCGGCAUGAGGAGCCGCAGUGAGGGCGCCACGGAGGAGUCCGAGGUCCUCCGUGCCGAGGGGGGUACCAGUCGCAUACACCGCAACGACUCCACACGUAACGUCAACACCGGCGGCAUGGCACUCGGCAAGGGCGGCGGCAAGGGCGGCGGCUCCACACGACUUCAAGGAGUGGGCGGGAUGAGUAUGGCGCAGAGAGUGGCGCAGCGAAAACAGCUGGCGACGCCAGGCGGCGGCGGCGGUGCUGGCGGCGCCGGGGCCGCGGAUACGCCGCCGCGUACGGCUGAGGGUCACGGUGACGGGCUCGCCGGGUUGGGUGAGGACGGCGAUGGCGGCGAGGCGGAUGUGGUGCCGGACAUCCCGCCCAGCUGGGUGCUGAAGCUGACCAUUCCCAGGGACGCUUUCGACAUGCGCUGUCCUAGGGGCGUCAAGCUAACUCUGUAUCGGCGAUGCCAGCACGAAAUCUUUGCUCGCUUCGGCGACUGCAGCCGCUGGGACGGCAUGGUGGAGAAGCUGACGCUGUACGCGGACGACGAGCGAACCACCGUAACGGAGAUCCGGGAGACCUUCACACGCCGGCGCGACAAGCUGAGAGAACGCCGGGUCUACCCACAAAAGGACACUACCAUUGAGCUGUUUGAUCGCGGAAGUGCCUUUGCCCUCAAGGACAUCCUCACCGUCAAGAACGACCGUCGCGUGUUCAACUUUUAUGCCGCGGCGCGGCUGGAUGGCCUGGAAAAGCGGGAGGAGCUCGAGAACCGCAAGAUCAUAGAGCACUUUUUGGGGCGCGACGAUCGCCUGGUGUACCGCAGCGCCACCUACACUGAGGACGCCGCCACCGCCGCCGCCGCAGCAGCAGCAGCGGGUGGGGGAGGCGCCCCUGGAGCACCUCCGGGGAGCAGUGGUGCUGAGGCAGCGGGAGCCGCAGAGGGCGACCCGGAGGAGGACGCCGCACGCCGCACACGCAAAACACGCAACCGGGGGGGCGACAAGCGCAUGCUGCCCAUCCGCAAGAUGACGGAGAAGUUCGCUCGCAACCCCGCUCUGUCGGCGGAUGUGGAUGUCGCCAAACGCGUGUACUACCUGACAGAGGGCCGCAUGAGAGUGGAGUACCACUUCGGAACGAACCGCAUCACCAACUCCAGCCGCUCGUUUACGAAAGAUGGUCAGAGCCAAAUCGUGCAGGUGGAUCCUCUGGCGCCGCGGCCACAGCCGGCAGCGCUGCUCGAGGAGUACAGCGCUCUUUUGGUGGCGGAGAAGGACUGUCUUCAGUCGGUACGGGAUAGUGAGUGGGAGAUCUCGGAGAUCACCCGUACCCGUACGAACCAGGAGCAGAAUAUCACUCUGGAAACGCCGUACUACGACAUCGUACGGAUCAAGGCGGAGGAGAGCGAGGAGGAGGAGGAGGAAGCGGCAGAGGCGGCGUACGACUACCUGUCCCCCUUCCUGCCGACCUUGCUGGGCACCCAACAGCUCACCCGCACCCAGGCGUUGGAGGUUCGGGAGAAGGCGCUCAAGGCGCUCAAGGACCGCCUAAUCGAGCGAGCGAACAUCAUCCAGGCCCGUUUGGACGAGGAGACCGCCGCCCUGGCCAAGCGGCAGCAGACAUUCCACCGCGACCGCGACCAGAUGACGGCUGCAGAGGAGGAAGAGUACGAGCGGCAGACGGAGGAGUCCAUGUUCCGGAUCCAUAUCCUGGAGAGGCGGCUAAGGCGCCACGAGGAGCAGGCGCUGCACAAGUACUACGAACUGGACGCCAAGUUGAGAGGCGACCCAAGACUGCAGGCGCUGUUGAACGUCUACUGA